GCAAGGUUUCUCUUCCUCCUAUUGAGGAAUUACCACAUCCUCUCAACAUGCUUCUUACCAGAACAGAUUCAAGUGCACGUUUAUUUAGGAAAAAUAUUAGGUCAUACAAUUCAGCUUUGGCCUUUACAUCUAUGGGUGCAAAGGUUGAUAAUAGUAUAACAGGAACAAGUGGUGUUUACAGCUUUCAUGUUCAUGGAGAAAUGUAUCAUAGCAUAGGCACAAUGCUUCCUGACAAUGAAGCUCACCCUCAAUUUGCUCAAAUAUAUGUGUAUGAUACUGAGCAUGAAUUGCAAAACAGGAUGAAUGUAAUGCCUAAUCUUGAUCCAGCUAUUUUUGAGGAGCUUCAGCAAAUGUUACAUGAUGUGAACCCAUAUUGUGAAAUGUUCAAACAAGCUGGAGACAUUGUAAGAUUAAAUCCAUCCUUGGACUUACGAAUGGCAAUCACAGAUAGUAGAAAACAAGAUUCUAGACGUUACAAUACUCCAACAGCAUCAGAAGUUGCAGUCAUUAUGAUUGGAGAUGGACAAGGAGCUGAACCGUUGGAACGAAAUAUUGUGCUACAAUUGCAUGAAGGAGGAUUACAAAGAAUAUCAGAAAUACACUGUGCUUAUGAACCAUUGCACUAUGUUCUCAUGUUUCCCAGAGGUGAAGAUGGGUGGCAUCCUUACAUUCCUGUAAAAGAAUCUAUAACCUUUGAUGACAAUGAGGCAAGUGCUACAGAAAAACAUGUUAGUGCAAUGAAUUAUUUUGCAUACAGACUUCAACUAGGUCGGCCAGGUGAAGCAGUAGUCCUACACCGAUUUGGAAGACUUUUUCAACAAUGGAUUGUUGAUAUGUAUGCAAUUGUAGAACAAAUGCGUUUGAAUUAUUUGAAGCAUAACCAAAAGCAGCUGCGCUCUGAACUAUACAGUGGAUUGCAGGAUGCAAUGCAUGCACAAGAUAGUAUGCUUGAAUCAUCAAAUACAGGACAGCGGAUAAUUUUGCCAUCAAGCUUUACAGGAGGACCACGCCAAAUGCAUCAACUUUAUCAAGAUGGAAUGGCUAUUGUGCGAGUAUUUGGCAAACCUGAUCUUUUUAUUACAAUGACCUGCAAUCCACAAUGGCCUGAAAUUACUAAUGAGCUUCUUCCAGGUCAAACAGCACAAGACAGACCUGAUUUAAUUGCCCGUGUAUUUAAUAUGAAGUUAAAAGUGAUGCUUGGAGAUAUUUUAAAAGAUGAUAUUUUUGGAAAA